AUGUCUCGAUUGAAGAAGGAUGGUACUCCAGAUAUGAGGUACUCAUGUAACAGAAGUGCAUAUCUGCCACCUGGACGCAAUGUCGGUGGUGGGUACGACAUGAGAUCUUCAGUCAACCGGCAACUCUUCAAUGAACCACGUCAAAUGACUGGUGGGCCAACCAGAAUGGAUGGCAAACCAGACAUGAGGUACAAAGUAAACAAAGAAGCAGCCAAAACCAAGGUUGUAUAUUCUCCUCCAGUUGCAUCAAUGAAGGUUACAGUGCCACAUGUGGGACCGAUUAGACGUGAUGGGCAUCCUGACAUGAGAUACAGCGAAAACCGAGCACAUUUGCCUUCCAAUCCCUUAACCAAAGGGCCAACUAACGUUGAUGGAACACUUGAUAUGAGAUACACGGUGACUAAGAAAGCUGUAGAUGCCAAAGUUAUACUACCUCCCCAAGCUGAAAAAGUGACGCCAACAGGGCCAACCAGCAAAAAAGGACAACCCGAUAUGAGGUACCAUGAAAACCGAGCGCAUUUGCCUUCCGGUCCCUUAACCAAAGGGCCAACUAACGUUGAUGGAACACUUGAUAUGAGAUACACGGUGAAUAAGAAAGCUGUAGAUGCUAAAGCCCGGCGGGCAUUAUAUCCAAAGUUAGAUAUAGAAGAUGACUUCUAUGAAAGAGCCAAAGAAGACGCUAUCCCUGUUAUGAGAAUACCACUAAGAGAAGACUAUCAAGAUGAAUAUGAAGAUGACUAUGAUUCAGAUGACAAGCGUAUUGGGAUUGAACAGAAAACAGUCUGCAACAAGUUGGCAUGCGCUGAAAUAGAUGAAGUUAAACUACAUGUGAACAUAGAGCGAGAUAACUACGAACCUAUUGAGUCUGGAUGGCGAGUUACCCAAGUCAAUGUGGGAGAUAAUGUCAUGGUUACAUGGUCAGACUAUUCACCAAAAUUCCCAUCACUGGAGAGACACAUAUUGCAGGGAGUCACUGUAAAAUGA